GAUUACGUCAGGAAGCAGAAACCCAUGCAUUGAGUUGGGGAGCAAAGCCUACGUAUUCCUGUCAAUGGAAUUUCCACUGACAGAGGAAUAAAAACAAUCUGCAUGAGCUAGCCACAUUUUCAUUGAAGCACAAGCACGAAACAGUACAGAGGAGGUAAGAGGCUCCAAAACAAUAUAACUCAUGUCUUCAAUUACAGGUUGUAACCAUGGCUAAUUUGCUGUCUUCGCCAUCUCCUGAUAUCAAUGUUUCCCAGCCAGCAAUGGACUACACUGCAACAUCCAGAGACAUUAACUGUACCAUUGAAAAUGGUUUCCUCCAAAUUGGUCUGCCUAUUUUCUAUAUCAUUAUAUGUGUGAUUGGGCUCUUAGGUAACUUAUUGGCCUUAUGGGUGUUUUUCUUCAACCAGCGGAAGCCAACAUCUAUUUCUAUUUACAUGAAGCACCUGGCUAUGGCCGACCUCCUGUUAUUACUUUGCCUUCCAUUCAGGAUCGCCUACCAUAUCGGACAGUACAAGUGGAUGGUUAAGUGCUACUUUUGUAAGAUCAUUGGGACAUUUUUCUACGUCAACAUGUAUUCCAGCAUUUUAUUCCUAGGGUUGAUCAGCCUGGACCGCUAUUUAAAGAUCACAAAGCCUCUCCGCAAGUUCAGGAUCCACAGUGUGAAAUGGAGUUCAGGCAUAUCCAAGGCUGUGUGGCUGGUCACUGUACUAUUCAUGCUACCCUUUUUUGUGUUGAGCAGCUUAAAGUCAAAUGAGACAAAAUGCUUCCAUUACAAGAAUCAGAGUGUGUUAGUGGGUGCAAUGAACCUGGCAGCUGUCAUGUUUAUUUUUAUCCUCUCCUUGCUAUUUCUAGUGUCCUAUGCCAAGAUUGCAGUCAAACUCUACAACAUAUCCAAAGGGAAAAAAAAGCAGGAGAUCAGGAAAGUGAGCACCAGAGCCAUCAUAAAGACUUUUAUUGUUCUUGCCAUCUACAUUGUGUGCUUCAUGCCUUAUCACAUUGUUCGAGUCCCUUAUGUCCUCUCUCAGAUACAGAUAAUCUCCAGUUGCCAAUCAAAGCAGUCUCUACACAUAGCCAAUGAACUGGUUCUGUGUCUAUCUGCCCUAAACAGCUGUCUGGAUCCGGUCAUCUAUUUCUUCCUAUCCAACUCUUUUCGCAGGACUAUCAUUUACACCAUUAAAGGAAGAUUCAACAAAACCUUCCCCAAAACUAGUGGGGCCAGGAACAGUUUCAAAUCCAUCACAGACAUCUGAAGUUCGGAGCUGCAAAUAUUGAGGUAAUGGAAUAGAAGCAGGAUGCAUGUCCAUCAGGGGAGCACAAUUGCAGUGGCCAUCUUGGCCGAAGGCGAUGCAUGGAGUUGCGGAAUUUUAGGCAAGGUUUUGCAUCAGUAUGUUCCUAUGAAUAACAGCAGCCAUCCUAGGUACAGCAGAGAUCGCCAUUCAUAUAUAUAGGAGGGCAUGUCAAAUACUCAUGAUAUGCCCUGUUUCAAAUAUAUGUUUCUGGUUGUGACAAGGAAAGCUCAGCAAUAAGAGAGUGAAGCUACAGUUUUGUUGAGUUUGAUGCAUCUUACUGCAGUGUUGGAACUUGUAGAAGCUGCAGUAACAUAGAAUCACAGCAAGAACUUCUGAUACCAUCAUGGAGUUAUUUCCAGCUGGUCCCAGUGUGUAUGCUUUCCAACAUGACUUACUGACAAUUCGCAAAGAAGAUGCAAAAUCUAAUUAAACAUAACACUCCCAAUAUCACAGCACUGGAAAUACUCCACCAGAUCAUUGCAGGUAAAAGCAUUUUAAAAUGCAGCAAGAUACAUUUUCUUCCAGCACAAGCUCAAAACCACAGUAAUAGUACCUGUGCGAGCCUGGUAAUUUCUCUUUCGCCAACUUGUGUGGACACCAGGAAGUGUUGGUCCUCUAGGAUAGGCAAGUCAGUUUUCCAAAGUUUUCACUCCUUGUGGUGCACAAGAGUUUUUUUAGAAGAGCUAAAAGCAUAGUGGACACUUUGCGAAGAAACAAAUUUGUAUUUUUUAUAAAGAAUCAAUCUCCCUGUAUAGGACGUUCAAAAAUAAAACACCACCUUUGGUCUUGUCAGUCACAUCUGACUCUGAGGAUGACCAAACUCUUCUAUUUAUAGCAAGUUCAUUUUUCAGUGAGUAAAGCCAGCAUAAUUUGUAUAAAAACAUAAAGUAUUGUGCUGAAUAAAGGACGAAUUGGUUCCAAUAUCUUGUUGUGGCUUUAAAGACUCACUGAAUGUUAGAUGUGAAAGUUAUUUUAAAUGUUUUAUAAAUAAUUGUCCCUUAAAUGGGCCCAGUCAACUGUGAAAAAUUUGGAUUAUUAGACUGUAACUAGAUGUAAAAUGAAAAUAGAAACUUUAAAUCACAAAGCACGAAUUAUGUGAACUAUGUUUUACCAGCACUUUAGCAUCUAGUGAAAAAGGUCUUUUUUGUACAGAUUAAAUAUAUUAUUUUUAUUACUAA